AUGUCUCGAGAAGUAGAUCAAAUGCCCAUGCCCUCCGGGGCACAACGGAAGGUCAAAGUGAUAGUUGCCAGUCCCAGUCGAUCGGGAACCCUUGGACUCUACAUGGCAAUGAAGAUCCUAGGGUACAAUACAUACCACAUUUACGAGUGUGUUGCUGUCAAUGGUUUAACUCACAUCAAGGUGUUUAAGGAAGCAAUCAUUGCUCAGUGUAAUCAGCUCUCUGGGGUUAGACGCUUCGAUCGAAAGGACUGUGAAAAGUGGUUGGCUAACUAUGAUUGCCUGGUUGAAAUCCCCAGCUAUAUGGGAAUGGACUUCAUUGAAGCCUAUGCGGACGAUCCCAAUGUGAAAUUCAUUCUUACCGAGAGAAGCCCUGAGAAGUGGGCCAAAUCCGUCAAUAAUACAGCGGGUCAAGUCGCCAACAUGGGAUUCCGCUUUCCAUUCAAUAUUCUGAAGUACUUCGAGCCUGUCCUUUAUCACUUCCUUGAUUUGAAUGUCGUGGUCUACAAAUCUGUUGCUGGGGGCACGAAAAUUGGUGACGAGGAUAACGAAAAGAUGCUAUGCAAGUACUAUGAGGACUACAUUAAAAGGGCAAAGGCCACCAUUCCAGCUGAUCGCCUGUGCCUCAUUGAUCUCGAGAAAGACAAUCUUGACUGGGAAGCAAUUUGCCCCUUCUUGGAAGUCCCCGUUCCCAAGGAAAAAUACCCUGGACGAAAUGAGCCUGAGAAGUUUCAAGCUCUAGUCCAGGGAUUCUUGGGUCCAAAAGUCAAGUCCGCGGUCAUUAGAUUCAGCAUAACAGCUCUCGCAACUGUAGGUGCUUUGGGCUGGAGCUCCUACGAGUAUGGGCCAUCAAUUAUUGCAGCUUUGAAAAUAUUUUCGUAG